UCCAUCUCCUCUCCAACCAAUUGCAUCAGGUUGUCAGCACUCUGAAAGCAGUGCUGCAUAUUUUUCUUGGCCCAAUUCUACCUUAAUGCCUGGUGCUGCUGAAGGCCGGGCAAAUUACUUCGGGAACCUUCAGAAAGGAGUACUGCCAGGACAUCUUGGCAGACUGCCAGAUGGUCAACAAGCCACGACAUUGCUUGAUUUGAUGACUAUAAGAGCAUUUCAUAGCAAGAUCUUGCGUCGUUUCAGUCUAGGUACAGCUGUAGGCUUUCGAAUCAGGAAAGGGAAGUUGACUGACACACCGGCAAUACUUGUUUUUGUGGCACGAAAAGUUCACAGGAAAUGGCUCAACCACAACCAAUGUCUGCCAUCUGCCCUUGAGGGCCCAGGUGGUGUAUGGUGUGAUGUAGAUGUUGUGGAAUUUUCUUACUAUGGUGCACCAGCACCAACUCCUAAGGAACAAUUGUACAACGAGCUUGUGGAUGGCUUGCGUGGAAGUGAUCCAUGCAUAGGUUCAGGUUCUCAGGUGGCAAGCCAAGAAACAUAUGGAACCUUAGGGGCCAUUGUGAAAAGUCGUUCAGGAAACAAACAAGUUGGUUUCCUCACAAAUCGGCAUGUUGCAGUUGAUUUGGAUUAUCCUAACCAGAAAAUGUUUCAUCCAUUGCCGCCCAACCUUGGACCUGGAGUUUAUCUGGGCGCCGUUGAAAGGGCGACAUCCUUUAUCACGGAUGAUGUUUGGUAUGGGAUCUAUGCUGGAACAAACCCAGAGACUUUUGUGCGAGCUGAUGGGGCAUUUAUUCCCUUUGCUGAUGACUUUGACAUGUGCAGUGUCACCACUUUAGUGAAGGGAGUGGGUGAGAUUGGAGAUGUUAAGAUUAUAGACCUACAAUCACCAAUCAAUAGCCUCAUUGGGAGACAAGUGGUGAAGGUUGGAAGGAGCUCUGGUUUGACAACUGGAACUGUCAUGGCUUAUGCUCUGGAGUACAAUGAUGAGAAAGGAAUCUGCUUCUUCACUGAUUUUCUUGUUGUGGGGGAGAACCAACAGACAUUUGAUCUGGAAGGUGAUAGUGGGAGCCUCAUCAUUUUGACAGGCCAGGAUGGCGAGAAGCCCCAACCAAUAGGUAUUAUAUGGGGUGGGACAGCUAAUCGUGGAAGGUUGAAGCUUAAAAGUGGUCACGGUCCAGAGAAUUGGACAAGUGGAGUUGAUCUGGGUCGCCUUCUUGAUCUUUUGGAGCUUGAUCUUAUUACAACAAGUGAAGGACUCCAAGAUGCACUGCAGGAGCAAAGAAUUGCCUUAGCUGCAGCAGUUAAUUCUGUGGUUGGGGACUCAUCUCCUACCGUAGGCACCCUUGUAAACGAAAAAAUCGAUGAGAUUUAUGAACCUUUAGGUCUUAACAUCCAACAGUUCCCUCCUGAAGGUGCUUCUGGCUCCGCAAUGAAUCCACCAUUUACAGGUGAGGCUGCAAAUAAUGUCGAAGAGCACCAAUUCAUUCCAAAUUUCAUCAGCAUGUCCCCUAUACAUCGCAACCAAGAGGACAAUCCUGAACUGAAAAAUCUCUCUGAACUAAGAAAUUCUAUUGAUGAAGAUCUUUGUGUUUCUCUGCAUUUGGGGGAUCGAGAACCCAAAAGACCACGUUCGGAUCCAACAUUGAGCUUAGAUUUGCCAAAAUGAAAGGAGCUUUCAAUCAUGCUCUACGGUUGUCAAGCAGUGUCCCAAGAAGAAUUUUUUAUUGUAUGGAGAUGCAUCGGGCAUAGUUAUGAAUUUCAAAAGAGAAAUUCUGUACGAUCAGAUCAAAAUAGGGACCUUACUUUAUAACUCACCGGCCUACGUAGAACUGAUGAAUAGCCUGCACUGCAGAAUCAUUUAUUUUUCUUUUGUCAUCAUCAUCUUCUAUCAGUUCUGAAAUGGGACUGUGCUGAGUUUAAAGGUUAGACAUUUGACCAGUCAGCAGUAUUGCAGUUUUGCAUGUCCAAGCGAUUUACAAAUGCAUUGGUCCUCAAUUAUGUAGAAGACAGUGUUCAUGGUAUAUUAUUGCUACCCUGUUAGAUCAAGCUCCAUUUUGUAUUGAGCAUUAGAUGAGUUUUAAGCUUGGUUCACUUUCUUUUUCCUUAAAACAUGAAAUAUCCAUCAAGAUUAUAUUCUCAAAGUAUGAAAUUCUCCUAAUUUGCUGGAUGAGCCAAUAUCUGUUUACAUCCUUGGAAGUAACUGGAGUGAGAGUUAAUGUAAUAAGCACACUUGGGAUGGAAAUCUGUGUUUGCACAA